AUGCCCCCCCGUACCCGGAUCAGCUGCGCCGGCAGGGAAUGCGCCGAAACCCCCACAGUCGAUUGGGAAUCGGAGGUGCAGCUUGUGUCCUCACUGGCCAAGCUUCAAGAACUUGAGCGCAAGAUCCACGAGCUGCGCCAAUGCAUACCGGCCGGUAUCCUGAGCCCUCUGGCCCCGAUCUCAACCUCUAACAACCCAUCCGAUCAAGCCGCGUCCCCAUCGACCCUCCAUCAUGGGCUUGAAAUAGCAGCGCGCGAAGGCCUGGCCAACAUUGAGCAGUUUCAAUCCCUAUGGCGUAGCCCGGAGCUCAAGCCUGUGUGGGACCACGUUCAAACGCGCAUAAACGAAUCGAAUGGCCAACUGGUUCAGCCGACUGGAAUGUGGGAGAAAGAUUACGCCUCUAUCCUCGCGCAUCUCACUACAACCAAGCAGAGCGCAGAAGAAGAUCGUCUCAGGCAAGAGGAAGAGACGGAACGUGCCAAGGCCCUUUCUUCAGAGGGAGGAUGGAGAUCCGUUAUCGAGCGGUUCUCCCAGCGCGACCUACCUGGUGUACAUAUCAUUCGGAGCAAAAACCAGGAUAAACCUGAAUUUGCCGUCACCCUGGCAAGGGCUGGUAUGAUCUUUUUGCUUGAAGGCACUAGGGAGCCUGAUUCGCCUGGUGUUGCGAACUGGCAGGUGGCUAAUAAGGUGGCUUCCGGUCGGUCUCCAACGAAACUUGAACUUGCCAUCCUGGAAUGCCUGGACUCACGUCCUCGUAAAUGGGAUUUGGCUUUCUUGCUAGACAUGAUAUCUUCAUAUGCAGAAAUUAAACAGACCCCUUGCGCCAAGUGCACGAAGCUUACCAACAACGCCGCUCAACUCCCUGUCAUUCGCCGUGUACAGCCCGCUGAACAACCCACCGACAGUACACAGAUAUUUUCCUUUAACGCAUAUCACCCAGACUGUCUAUGA